AUGACAACCGCGGACGCAAACCUCAUCAUUCCCGUGCCCUGGGAUAAACUUCUGCUAUGGGUACAACAGCAAAUCGCUCUCGAGAUGAAAACGGGCCAACCGGUUGCCAUGACACGACCUCAGCUCGAAGCCUUGUCAGCGUUUGUUCCGUUCAACGUAGAACCAGACGUGAGCGAUCAGGGCUACGUUAGCAAGUUGAUUGAAAAAGUGCAGUCCCUCCGUCUGGCCAACCCAGUCUGGACAGACCAGGGACCUACCAGUAUUCCCAUCAACGGACACUUCCAACCACUUUGGCGUUGUGUCUGCACCCUUCAACACCAUGGAUCCUUUCCACGCGAAGGAUUUGGGUUCUCUGUCGGAGAGCAAGCGCCAUUCUUCCAGUCGAAAAAGAAUGCCAAACUGUUUGCUGCCAAACAUGCGCUCAGCUAUCUCACCCAAGCCAGGCCAGCAGCAAUAACCCCAGGGAAACUUCUCCGCAUGGAUCGACCAGCUAUUUCGCCCCUGCAGCUGCCGAAGCCGCAUAUUCCGCCUCCCCUGAACGUGCAGCCGUUGGGCAAACGGCAGCGCUUGUCGGGCAAUUCACCUGUACCAGAGGCAACGCCUAGCAAGUCACUGCGGACAAGUGUUCCCAGCACCCGCUCGCCCAGCAACCCUUCUGUUUUCGAAGAGGUAACCAGUCUCUCCCAUCGCUUGGCCCUCGGCAGUCCAACGUACAAGAUUGAGCCCGACCCGGCAGGGGAUAGCUUAUUCUGCGGACGGCCUGUCUUUAAGAACGACAUGCGAAUCCCCCCGGACCUAGGUAUUGUCAGUGGCAUCGCCGGCGAGAGCCAGGCGAGAUUGAAGGUGGCGGAGAGCGUACUAGAGUGGCUGCAGGCCGAAUUGCAGAGAAGGCAGGAUACGUUUGAGAGCCUGUGGUCGGCUGCGAAUUCGCCCAAGCCGGCAACCCCCAACACGCAGUAG